CGUGAGUUGGCCGACUGCCAUGACUACUACAAUCCGAGCGCGAUUUUAUUGUUGUUGUUUACUUGUUUUCUUCAACCCCAUUUCGUCUGCCAGAUCGGAAGAGCGUUCGGAAAAAAAUGACUGCCCCAAAGGUUGGACACGGUACGACCGUUCGAAAGCAUGUUUCGUUGUUCUGCCACAGAGGUUACGUUGGGCUGAAGCAGAGCGAGCUUGCAGUAAAAGUGGAGGAAGACUGGCAUCGAUUACGGAUGAGUACGAAAACGCGUUCGUAUUCAACUUGGCGAAGAAGGCAAAUCUCACUACACCAACGAUAUGGCUUGGACGCCUGGUUCGUCUUGCACGGACCGGCGCUUACGAAUGGCAUGACGGAGCUAUAGGACGCCAAGCAGAGGGCUUCAGAGGUGAGCCACCAUCGGGAACAGAACUGUGCCUUACGAUGUGGUUGGAUUUUGACCGACCGGAGGGGUCGUGGAACGAAUGGGACUGUGGUUAUGCAAGCGGUUACUCUGCUAUGUGCAAAAAGAGCCUUAAAAAAUCGGCGUUUUCCGUUUCAACACCUCCUACCACCGAACCACCCGGAACACACAUUUCUCAGCGUUGCUGCGUUCAGAGUGGAUGCGGGCAGCGCUGCUCUUCUAAUGAAAGAUGUAUCCCUGAUGAUUUGAACUGCUGGUGGCGCACUUGCUCGGAUAACGGAAUGGGAUGGUGCCUGCCAGUGCCAUAAUCUCUCCCAAACCUGCCUCAAACAACUAACUAUUGUUGACCUUCCAGUUCGCUAUCCAUGUCUUCUGCUUCUCAAGCCGCUAGAUGGUCGCUCAUGUUCUCCUACCCUUGUUAAUCUGACAGGAUUAUACGUUUAUUUAUGUAUAGCUUUAGC